UAUCGUCAAUGUUUUACUCCAGCUGAACCCUAAAUUAAAAUAAGAGUAGUUAGUGAAUCAUAGUGUGGCCCGGUAUAUUUCUGUAACAGCGAAACCAAUUCAGUCCGCGCGGAGCCCGAGCGAUGUCGUCACCGCGCGGAGUCACUCGUCCAGAAACCAAAAGCAAUAUGAUUGCUAAAGAUCAACCUGUAAUCGACAACAGAUGAAAGUGCUCUUAUCUAUAAAUUCAAAGUACGGAAACUUUUGUGACACUCUGCCUCAGUAGUUGUACUCCUAAACACCCACGUGCAACGCCGAGGAUGAAAGUCACAGUAAUAGCAGGGCUAUUAGCCUUGGCCAUCGUUUCAUCCCGGGCGAGGAACGUAAGCGAUUUGAAAGGCGACCAAAAUGUGAGCGCAGAGGUGGGUGCCGUACUGGGAGACGAUUUAGCGGGCGCCGGGACCGAAGCGCGCGACCAGACGGUCGCGGGCACCGAGCACAAACAUAAGCCCAAGGACAGCCACCACGAGGCGGGCGGCGGCCACGAACACAAAGAGCAUCACCACAAGGAGGACGGGGAGAAGGGCGACAAGGGAUACAAAUCCCACCACCAUCACGACAAGGCCGAGCACGGACACCACGAUAAGCAUCACCACGAGGGCCACCACGGCGAGCACGGCGGACACAAGAAGAAGCACCACGACGAGCACGACCACCACGGCGAGCACCACGAGGCGGCGCACGGGCACAAGGGCGGCAAGUUCGGGCACAAGAAGGGCCACAAGAAGGGCUCCAAGACCACCGGCUUCCACCACAAGUCCCACAAGGACGAAUACCACAAGGAGCACAAGUUCUACGACGACUUCCACAAGGGCGGCCACCACCACAAGCACGGAGACUUCCACGGCCACCACGACAAGAAGGGGGGCCACCACAAGAAGGGCGGCCACCACGAGAAGGGCCACCACGAGAAGCACCACGGCAAGAAGGGCCACCACGACAAGGGCCACUACGACGAGGACCACAAGGGCCACAAGGGCCACCACGGCCACGAGGAGCACCACGCGCACCACCACGACCACGGCAAGAAGGGCGGCCACGCCGGCGGCAAGGAACAUGGAUACAGCCACCACAAAAAGGGCUAAUUACCAAAUGUACUUACACAUUUUUUUUAUUUGUUUUGAAGUCAUUUUGCAUAAUACUAAGUCAGUAAAUAUGUAAUGUAGAUUUAACGGUUAGACUU